CAUGCCUAACCAAACGCUGUUUACCUUUGGCUUCAAUGCUUUUCAACAAUGCGGCGACCAAAUUUCCACGUCCACAGAUGGGAGUGUUCGUCAAGAGUGCCCUGCAAUACUAGCAUCUACUCAAGGUCAACCUUCUAUUGUUGGGUUAGCUGCAACAUGGUCAGCGUCCUUCUCGUGCUGUGAAGAUGGUUGCAUAAGUAUUUGGGGCUUCACAGAGCCUUUUGUUGGUGUUAAGGGUCUGUCUCACGCCAAGAUCCGACUCAGUUCCGAAAAAGAACUAGAGGUGAAAAAGAUUGUUCCAGCGCGCCAGGACGCUCGAGACCGGCAUGAGAGCACGAUCUAUGUUCUUACGGUGGAGAACUUACGCUUAUUGAGUUUUGAAGAGCGAACUAAGGAGACCCCCCAGACUGGGCAGCUGAAACGAAAAUUGGAUGAUAUGGAGAGUGGACCUUUGUUUGAAAUAGAAAAUACGAACGAUGAUAGGGCAGACAACCAAACAUUCCGUAUCAGAGAACAUAUCUUCCCAUUUCAAUGUCACGACGUUGCUGUGACCUAUUUACAAGCUUGCGCUAUUACGUCCUCCGGUGAUAUCCUUACUUGGGCUCUAGGAUCUACUGCAUAUAGACGUAUCAAUCCCGACACCCCGCAAGUCAACUUUCGCAGCCUUGCUGCUGGGGGAACCCAUUUUUUAGCAAUUUCUACUACCAACGAUCUUUACACCUGGGGAUAUGGGUUGAAAGGACAACUGGGCCACGGUAAUUCUGAGGUCCGCGAACGUGAACUACCUACAGCGGUAGAGGCACUCCAAGGGUUGCGAGUCACUACUGUCGCAGGUGGAGGGUGGCACUCCGCCGCUACGACCAAAGAUGGUGAUCUUUACACAUUUGGAUCGUCUGAACACCGACAAUUGGGACUGACCGAUCAAGACCAGUCGGUCACCGAUGCCACAGACUAUCCAAAUAACAUAGCAACAAACGAUGCUCUCCCUAAUCCAGUUGACAUGGACUUCUCGUCGGCGGGGCUUAUGGUGUCUUGCGGUUCAAAUCAUACUGUUAUAUCCGACGGGACUACACUCUACGGAUGCGGUUGGAACAAAUAUGGUCAGCUUGGGCCGGUAGAUGUCGGAGAAGACGUUCAGCAACUACGACAGAUAGAUCUGCCAAGACUUGCAGAUGGACAGAGAAUCAGCAAUAUUGUAUGCGGCGGGUGGCACACACUGGUGUUAAUAGAAUGGGAAAGCAUCCAUGAUUCCUAA